CUAGCUGCAAAUUAAAUAGUGAAGGAUGUUUUUCUUUUCCUGGGAAAAACAGUUCCUCCUUAGCGGUAAGAGUCAUAAAAAAGAUACAAGCCAGUAAAUUCUUUCUCAAAUAUCUCCAAGAAUUUUACAUAGAGAGGAAUCUUGAAGCCAUGAUUGGCAGAAGCUUUGGAAUCUUCUUCACCAUUCUUCUACUAACUGAGAUUUCUUUAGCAAUACCAAGGCGGCGUUUCUAUCCUGCAGCACGUGACGAGUCCUCUGGAGCAGGCGAGGUGCCUUCUAAACCUCCAGAUGAAAGCAUUGAAGGUCGUAGAAGAAUACCUCCUUUUGGAGAUCCUGAUCUGCUGGGCAAUGGAGUCUUUGAUAUGUAUGAUACAGAUCUGGGACAUAUACCUAAGGAUAGAGAUCAUGGAAUAAUAGACAACAAUCCUGACUAUGAUUUUAGGGAACCAUCAGACGUGGAUUACGCUGGACCAGGAAAAGGUUUCGGAUACGGAAGGCCGACGUUAGAUAAAGUUCCAGUAGUACCUCCGGGAAAAGAAGACACAGGAAGAGAUGAUGGAGCUGAAAAGAAAGACAAAGAAUUCGACGAAGAAAAUAAAGUGGACACUAAUGAUGCGGAAGAGAAAGACGAAACUGACAACGAAGAUGAACACAAAGAGGGUGAUCAGGGCACAGAAGAAGACACAGAAGAUAAAAAAAACGAUGAUAGUGGUGCACAGGAUUCCAGCGAAGAUGAAGUCAAAACUUCUGAAACACAUGCCGGAGAUGAUGAGAAAAAUGAAGGUCACGACGAAACAGAUUUGGGUGACGAUGAAAAUGCUGGUGAAGGUGUGAAGGAUGAAGAUGAAGUUGAAACUGGAAUUGAAGAUAAAGAAGAAAAUGGUGGCGUACUUCCUUUUGAUGAAGUAUUUGAUUCUCCUUUUUUCAACUUUAAACAAGUGAACCACUAUUUCCAGCAACUUGAGAAAGCAUUAGAAAAUUCUUUCCGUGCAGCAGUGGAAGAUGCUGCUCAUCUGAAUACUACGUACUCUAAUACUACGGAAGAAGAAAUAGAAAUGGAUGGGAAAAAGUAUAAAGUCCAUACUUCAGUCUUAAAGGCUGGGAAUGACAACGAGUCCUUUUACAUGGAUGUGAAAUAUACGGAACCUGUACUUAACGAUACCAAUGUAUCGGAUCAGCACUGAUCAUCAGCAAAGCAGCGCAGGAAUGAAAAAUAAGAAUUUUGACUCCUUAUAGUAAUAUGAAUAAUAUUAAAUUAUGAAAUGAUUAGAGUGAUAAUACCUGAUAAAAACAGCUUUCGUAAAUUUAUAGAUGUGUUAAUAAAAUAUAUAAAUUGAUAUGUAUGAAGUUUUCUAAAAUUAUUCAAAAUAAAAAAAAAAAAGACUC